UCGAGUGGACACCAAGUCUGCGUGGGGAGCCUGGAGUCGGACGGCCUGGCACACAGGGGCCAGGUGCCACGACCCAUGGGCUUGGCCCGUUUACGGAGCUGCUGGUGGGCAGGACUCCUGCUCUCAGCCUCACUGUGGACCUUAUGGGAUCUUCCAGCCGCAGCUCAGCUUGCCCUCCAAGCCAGCCUACCUAACACCCAAAAACCGCUGGACAAGCCCACCAUUUCGACCAGCCAGGGCAUGGUCAUAGAGCACGGGGAAAUGGUGACCUUCCACUGUUACACUGUGGACGUCGAUGUCUCCAUCCACUGGGUCUCCAACAACGUCCCCCUCGUGUUAAAUGAGCGCAUGCAGCUGUCUGCAGAUGGCAGGAGGUUCACCAUCCUCACUGUCCAGCGGGAGGAUGCGGGGACUUACCAAUGUGAAGUCUGGGGCGCUGUUGAGGUCCAGAGCAGUGACAUCACCUUCCUGCAGGUGAACUAUGGUCCUGACCCUGUUGAGAUCAAGGUGGACUCGGGCGUCCUCAGCAGGGGGGUAGUGGAGGUGACGAAGGGCUCCACCGUGAACUUCUGGGCGGAAACACAGAGUCAACCUGCCGCCACCUAUGCCUGGUAUCUCCCGAAUGACUCUAUCCUGCCUCCUACCACGAGAACACUUACCAUCCCUGCAGUGUCCAGGAAAGAUGAGGGCAUCUACAGGUGCCUGGUGUCUAACAGAGCCACCAACCAGUUCCGCCUGGGCGUUCUUAAAGUCCUAGUCCUCGCGUCCCCGGGAAGUCUGGCCAAGCCUCGCGUGGUGUUCCAGGGCGUGGAUUUCGUGGAGGACAGCAGCUCCGUGACCCUGACCUGCCAGACCGCCUACGAGGGUAUCGGCAUCCUCUGGCUCCGGGAGGGUCAGCCCCUGCUGCCAAGUGAGCGGCUGGUGCUGUCAGCUGACAACAGGACCCUGGUCAUCCAUAGUCUCCGGCAGGAUGACGCGGGCCCCUACCAGUGUAAGAUCUGGACCCGGGACCAACAAGCACUGAGCGACCCCUUUGGGCUGACCACCAGCUGUGAGUUGUCGCGUCCGGCACUGCUGUUUCUCCUCCCUCUCCCAUCUCUCUGCAGGCUCCUCUGCUCGGUCAUCCCACUAACUACGGGGGUGAAGCUCGACUCCAACCAGACCCUGCAGUGUUGGGCCAAGUCCCGGCUGGGUGCCGGACGGCUGGAGCUGCGGGGGUGGGGGGUGGGACAGCUGGUCUUCCGCACAGGGACCUGGGCGCACCGGGGCGCCUGCAACUGCGCGGCCUUCAACCCUCUGACCGAGGCCCGCUCCGCCUCCGUCCUGGUGAGCGUGCUGGGUCCCCCGUCGUCCUCCCUGUCUGGGGGAAUCAUUGCUGGCAUCGUCGCUGGAGUCCUGAUUGUCAUUGCUCUGGUGGCAGGACUGGGCUAUUACAGCAGAAAGGCUGGAUGGCUCUCAAGGAUAUUAGCAGAUGACCCCGGGUCAAAGGCCUCACAACCUACUUCCGGGAGGAAGAACUCUACAGAGCCCAGUGCCGACAAUCCGAGGCCUCUGAAUUUCAGAAAAACUGAGUUCCAGGGACACAGCAGAGUCAAUCAGACGUUCCCGUCGGCACCCCCGGAGCAGUGCUAUGUGAACAGACUGCCUCCAGCACUCCCAGGAGGCUUUGCCCUCAGCCCCGGGAGUCCACGGCCCAGGCUUCCGGAGCUUCCAGUGGGCCCCUCUCUACCAGAAGGAAACAGGGAGUCAAACUACCAGACACUCAUAAAUCCAGAUGUUGAAACUUACUGCCAAAUCGGCUCCAAAGCCUAACAGAAGCAGAGAUCCUUUCUCUGGAAGUUCUAGAGAAACCAUGCUAUAUCACGUAUUCAGUGGCAUUUAUUGGACGCAUACUAUAAUAUGGUCACUUCUUCUCGCCUUUGUAGACUGUGUGAUAUUCUAUUUUCAGCGUAUUGGUCAGGGUC